CCGUCAGUCACCUGCCGCCCGCCUGCCCUCAUUGUUUCUGCGCUCAUGGACUAGUGGAGUAGUUUGGCACAUGACGGAGAGCAACGGGAGCCACAAUUGUUGUUUUUUCCAAGCCAAAGGACUAACGUUAUCUACCUCGCUGCCUUGUUAGAGUAGCAGAAGAAGCGUUCGUUAUUUAUGUUUAUUUAUACUUAUUUAUAACCCUCGCGUUUCGUAUCUACACUGCACUGAAUUUCGCACCCCAAUGCUUUUACAUCAGUUCGUGAAUGGGACGUUGGAAACGAUGUAUCCCAGUAUUCAGAAAGACACGACUUUCACCAAGAUCUUCGUCGGCGGUCUGCCGUAUCACACCACGGACGCGUCGCUCCGCAAAUACUUCGAGACUUUCGGCGACAUCGAUGAAGCCGUGGUAAUAACGGACCGACAAACGGGGAAAUCCAGAGGAUAUGGCUUUGUCACAAUGAUAGAUAAAAGCGCAGCCGAGAGAGCUUGUAAAGAUCCCAACCCUAUUAUUGACGGACGCAAAGCUAAUGUCAACCUGGCGUACCUCGGGGCCAAACCACGCAGUCCACUGACAGGAUACUCUUCUGGAGUACAGCAGGUUCAUCCAGCCCUGAUCCAGAGGCAGUAUGGACUCAGCCAGCCAUAUGUGUACCCGCAGGCCUUCCUGCAACCCAGUCUGGUUCUGCCGGCACAGGUCACCUCCUCCUCCUCCUCCUCUUCCUCCUCCAUCACGACUCCUUACCUUGACUUCAGCACUGCCUACAACCAGUACGCCUCCUCAGCCUUCGAGCAGUAUCCCUACGCCCCCUCGCCAGGCUUCCUGAGCUACAUGUACCCGCCGGGCACCCCCGGGCCGUCUCCGCCUCCUCCUCCGUCGGCGGCCCCCCGAGCGCAGCCUUCAUCCAGAUCCCUCCUCAUCAGCUCCACACCGACCGCCUUUAGGACUGGCCACGAGGACCGGCCGGGGAAUGCUGAAAUUGCACUAGAACAUCAUCAUUAUGGGACAGGGAUCUGUGACAUCAUCAGCCUGUGACUGGGGUCGCACACAAAGGGCUUCAAGUUCUUCUGCGUUUCAUUAUCCUUUUUUCUUAUGAUUAAUUAUUAUGUCAUUAUUGUUUGAAGAACCGAUAUUAGAUUGCGAUUCAGGGAAUGAUAGGAAACGACAGGUUAUACACACACACACACACUACUGUUCAAAAGUUUGGGAGCAGAAGGCUUUUUUUUAAAAAAGUCUCUUAUGCUCAA